AGUGAUUUUAUUUAUUUAUUUUUCGCUUUGCAGUUAGAACUGAUAGAGAUCAAGGGUACUUUCUUCUCUUUUCUCAAGAAAAUCUAAUUUUUUGUAUAUUAAGGUGCCUUUGCUUUCUAAAUCAGAUUUUCAAACAUUUGUGUGUGUCGAACAUGAAUAUGCGUAUAUAUUCGUAUUUGUUAAGAUUUUGUAUAUCUAGAGAAUUUUUGAAGGAUCAUAUUCUAAUACCGAUAACCUGAGAACAUGAAGAGUUCCACUACCAUAUGUAGUUUUGAUUUCUCUGUAACUGUCAUGAACUUUUGUAGAUCUUGGAAGGUGGAGCUGGCGAUUUCUUCAUCAAAAGAACAUCAUCUUUUUGUUCCAUUAUCAAGCUUAUGAAUUUGAAGUGAUCAUUUGAAUACACAUACAUACCAGAAGACAUUUUUUUAAUAUUUUGGAGCUCUGACAUGGAGAAAGUCUGUGAAUUCUGUACAACUUCAAGACCAGUUGUUUAUUGCAAAUCUGAUGCAGCCCAUCUGUGCCUUUCCUGUGAUGCAAAGGUCCACUCAGCCAACGCACUUUCGAACCGACACCUUCGUACCCUCCUAUGUGACUCGUGCGGACUCUUCCCAUCACAUGUUUGUUGUUUUGAUCACCGGAUGUUCUUGUGCCCUGGUUGUGAUCAAAGCGUCCAUGAUGCUUCUUCCCAGAACCACCAGAGGCGUGCAAUUAGUAACUAUUUGGGGUGCCCUUCUGCCAAGGAUUUUGCAGCAUUGUGGGGUUUUGAAAUUAAUGAAUCAGAUAACAAUCCUCUUCAAGAUCAAUCUUUAUCCAAUUCGUGCAUUUCUAUGAAUGCCAAUGUGGUUGAACCGAGGAAUUUAAGACAGUCUUGUUCGCGAAUUGGUGUCUCUUUGAGUAAAUCGGGUGUGUCUUCUCUCGCUGCUAGAGGACACAAUUCCGGGUCAAACAGUCAACAAGCCAAGGUUCUUAACAAAGUUCAGCUGGUAAAGAAUACUUCACUGAUUCUGCAACAGAUUCUUGACCUGAAAAGCCUUCAGCUCACUGAGGGAGACAGUCAUUUUCCUUUUAAUGGUGGCCUAGAACGAGCUGCCACAUCUUCAAUAUGCACCUCUUCAAAAAAUGUUGAUAGUAAUCUAGUCCAUGAUGUUGGUAUCAAUAUCCAUCGAAGUAACAAUCCGCUUGAGGAGCUGAAUAUGGAUCUGGACAACCUAUUGCCAUCUUCAACUUCCGGGAUGCCUUUCUACGGGGAAUCUAUUUGGCUAUGCAAAAGUCCAAUCCCUAAUAGUCAGUUAUGGUCACAGAAUAUGCAAGAUCUUGGAAUUUGUGAAGACACGUUUUGCCAAGAUGACUUGAACAUGCCUGAUAUUGAUUUAUCUUUCCGCAACUUUGAAGACCUGUUUGGUGUUGAUCAGGGCCCAAUGGGGGGACCACUUGCUAAUAAAGAUGUUCCGAGUUCAUCCAUAGAGAAGGAGAUGACCAACAACAACUCGGAUAAUGUUAAUGCUAUUUCAAUGGAGGGAAUCAGCGCUUCUGCUUGCACAAUUCAACCAUCUUAUUCAGCAAUGUUGUCUGUUUCAAGGUUCAGUGCUGAUACUAGUGCUCCCGACUGUCUUGAUAAUGAAGUUUCACCUCUCGUAGAUGGGGAAGCUUCAUGCAUUUCACCGGACUUAGAUGGCUUUCAUUCAGAAGCCAGAUAAGAUGCCAUGAUGAGGUACAAAGAGAAGAAGAAAGCCCGACUGCAUGACAGACAAAUUAACUGUGCAUCCCGGAAAGCUAAAGCUGAUGCAGAGAAGAGAGUAAAAGGGCGAAUUCUAAAGACGGAGGACUAUGAUUCUGAUCAUCCAAAUGUGGAAAAGUGCUAUUAAUUUCCUCUCUCUGUGUGUGUGUAUAUAUAUAUAUAUAUAUAUAUAUAUAUAUAUAUAUAUAU